UGUAACUACCCCACUGGCAGGUGGUACAUUCCUAGUGGCCACAGACUCUUCCACAGUGUGAUAUAGAAGGGGUGUGCAGGUAUGAGAGCCCGUAGAAAUCCGGGACAGACUGUGCAGAUUACAAUUGAUUCCUCCCUGGACAGCUGAGAAUAUGGCCAUGGGCAGUGGCAUUCUGGAUGGCCUGACAGUAAUGAUGAAUAGCAUUUUGCUGGGGCUGGCUUCCCCUGCACUGCCAGGCAGAAGGAGACAUAGCAGCGCGAGGGAGUAGCGUGAUGAAGCAGCACCAACUUGGGAAGAAAGUUGGUGUUGGCCAUCAUUUGGUCUGAACUUCACUACCUACAUGAUGAAGUUUCAACUGUGCUGGAGAUAAUCCACCAGAGAAAUCUGGAUGGGUAUGUUGGUUUAGCCAACCUGCCAAGCCAAGUAUACAGGAGCUCGGUGAGGAGGGGCUUCGACUUCACGCUAAUGGUUGUGGGUAAGGCUGGACUGGGGAAAUCUACACUCAUCAACUCCUUGUUCCUGACUGAGCUGCCCCCCAUGGACAACCAAGGAGCUUUUCAGCUUGUCCAGAAGACCAUGCAGAUAGAACAGUCCAAAGUUGUUGUGAAUGAGGACAGUGUCCAGCUCACACUCACGAUUGUGGACACUCCAGGGUUUGGAGACGCUGUUGACAACAGUGACUGCUGGCAGCCUGUCAUUAACUACAUUGACAAUAAGUUUGAGGACUUCCUGAAUUCAGAGUCCAGGGUCAACCGUCGACGAAUGCCUGACAGCCGAGUUCACUGCUGCCUCUACCUCAUCUCCCCGUCAGGUCACGGACUGCAACCUCUGGAUGUAGAGUUCAUGAAACGCCUCCAUGACAAGGUCACCAUCAUCCCUCUCAUAGCCAAAGGUGAUACAUUUACUCCUGAGGAGUGUCAGCAGGUGAAAAAGCAGAUUAUACAGGACAUCCAAGCACACAAGAUCAAGAUAUAUGAGUUUCCUGACGCAGGGCAACAUGAGGGCCGCAAGCUCAAGAUCAAGGAGAGUAUGCCUCUGGCGGUGGUCUGCAGCAACAUGGAGGUUGCGAUCGAUGGGAAGAAGGUCAGAGGUCGCCAGUACCCCUGGGGUGUGGCAGAAGUGGCCAAUGGAGAACACUGUGCCUUCAGUGUCCUGCGUAAGAUACUCAUCAGGACUCAUAUGCAGGACCUGAAGGGCAUCACCAACAGCAUCCACUAUGAGAACUACCGUACCAAGAAGCUGGCAGCACUGACCUGUAAUGGAGUGGGCGGGGCAAAUGCCAAAGAAGAGCUCAACAAAUGCCCUCUGGCUCACAUGGAGGCGGAGAGGAAUGAGCAUGUGCUGAGAUUGAAAAAGAUGGAGUCUGAGAUGCAGCAGGUCUUUGAGAUGAAGGUUAGGGAGAAGAAGCAGAAGCUGAAGGACUCUGAGCUGGAGUUGGAACGGCAUCAUGCACAGAUGAAGAAGAGCCUGGUGACUCAGUAUCAGGAGCUGGAGGAAAAGAGACAACAGUUUGAGCAGGAAAAACAGGCCUGGCAGAGACUCCAGGCAUACAGGUUAAUGGAAAAGAACAAGAGGAGGGGAAAAGUAUUUUGAAGCUACUUUAUUU